AGCCUGCAUCUGCCCCUUGCACAAAACUAGGGGGUGCAUGCCCCCCGUGCCUCCUCCAGGGGGUGCACGCAGUGGCGGGGAGCCACCUCCCCCACAUCCCCUGGACAAGCCACCCGUGGCUCUGGGUCCCAUGCACUGCCCUGGCUGGGCAGCACCCCCAGCCCCUUCCCCUGCCCCACUCCCUCCCUCAUGGCAGGGGCCUUGAUCUGUGCCUACCGCCCACUUCCCUCCCCCAUACCCCUUCCACUCCAUAGACUUACCUACAGGUAGCUGCUGUCCACGCUGCCUGGCUGUAUUCCUGGCCCCAUGCACGCAUGCGGCCAUGCACAUGCAUGCGGUGCCCUCUGUGUCUCGCUCCUGGCAGCCCCAAGCAGGAUCCCUUGCAUGCUGCAUAUAUCAGUGCACCUCUAACUGCCUGUUUACUUGUAUGUGCCCAUUCCCUUUGGCCUAUUGCCUCUGACCGUAAUUCCUAGGAUGUUCUAUGUAAAACCAAAUAAUCCCCUUGUUGGCUGCAGUGAUUGUGUCUGACACUGCAGGGGUUUGCUACACACCAACCCCAGAGCUUCCAUCCUCCUGUGGGAGGACCCCACAGCACCUGCUUAUCCAGAAAUCCCCCAUUAACCUGCUGCCCCCUGCACUGCCGGCAGCUGCUUGCCUGAGGCUCAGCCCUAGCACAACUGGGGGCAGCUCCUGCAGGGACCGUGUGACACAGAACCAGGCCAAGGAUGCUGCUGCCCCUCCUUUUCUGGGAGAAACUUCACCCCGCCUGGGUGGCAGCAGCAGCAGGUCCUGGUGUGCAGACCCUGCAGCCUGGCACCAUUGUGCCCUGUCUCUGCCAGCACAGACAGACACCUUGAUGACCUGCAUCCCCACCACAGCCCUCCCCAUCUGCCCCACACACAGACCCCACCCGUGACCACUCACCCCCUGCCUUGCCUUGCCUGCACCCUGCACAGGCACCCCUGGGUGAUGUUGGCUAUGCUCACCCAUAGCUGUGCCAGCCUGCAGCCUGCACAUGUAGCCCGAGAUCAGAAAUGUGGGUUUUCUGGAAAUUUUUUAAUUGGAAUUUUCCAGAAAAUUUUCCAAUGCUCUAAAUCAUUGGUGAUGCAUAGGGGGUGCAUGCAAGUGCAUGUGCACCCAGGGAAGUGCCAGCCGCGGAACUGGAAGUACAUGAUUGGCCGCUGGGGAACCGCCGCCAUUGGCAAUCGGCCUCUGGAGCCCCCCCGUUGGCGAUUUGGUGCCCCCCCAGACUCAGGAGGCACCAGUUGCCCAUGCCCUAAAUAGAGCGUGAUCUGAUUUAGCAGGUUUAUUCUACUUGGUAAACAAAACUAAAAAAAGUACCCCCAUGUUAAUUUGAUGUCCCAAUAGCCACAAGUAUUUGAACAGAAAUAUUUGAUUUUGAAAAAUAUUAAAUAAAGCACACUUAAUGUGGUUUCAUUGUUACAUUCAAACAAAUUCAAAGCUUCAUGUGGAAAGAAAUUGUUUUUAUUGGAAUACUUGUAAAAAUGCAAAGGCAAUACACAAUAGCUUGUACUUCCCUUACAUAGUUUGUUUAAAUUUAAGGAAAAAAAAUUAAGCCACUGUCAACUGUUGACGCACUCAUUUCAGCACACCCAAAGAACUGUGCAGGAUGCACCGUGGUUGUCCACUCAUCUACUGCAACAGAGUUUAACUCCCGUGCACGGAGGUCAUUGCAGCCCCUCCAGUUUCACGGUCACUAUCUGGAGAAUCACUCGCACUACUGAUUAGUGCCAUUUCAGGAUCAGAUUGAGGCAAAUCUCAUUCAGAUCUACUUGAGCCACAUUCUCUUUUGCUAGAGGAUGGUUUUAUCAAUGAGUCUAUGGGCAAGGGCAGUGUAUCAUCACACUGCAUCUUCUUCACUAAUUGUGCUUCUGACUGAUUGUCCAGAAGCAAAGGAUUUUGAGAAAUAGAAACAAGCUUAGGGGUGCGUUCAUUUGUUAGUCUACUCCUCUUUUUUGUCUCGAUGGAGCUGAAAGCCUUCCAGCUCCGUUCACAAGAAGCUGCUGUUGGUGGGAUGCUUGGGAUCCUCAGAGCCAUCCUGGACAGCAGUCGGGUGUUACAGCAUCCCUUCCACCAGGUGGCCCUGCAGACCAGAUGCCCUCGGCAGUGUGAGUGAAGGGAGAGCCAGAGCUCAGGCCCCAGACUGGGUGAAGCUGCUCCUGGUGGAGAGGGUGGUGACUGCACUGGACAGCUGUGUGCCUUCCCCGGGCAGCCCGAGGGGACGCUGGAGGAGCGGGAGACAAGAGGUCUCCGGACAGGAGCAGAAGGGGAGGACACGUCCCUUGUGUCGGCCUGGCUGGGACCAGGGGGGAGUCCCCAAGGUGGUUGGCACCACAAGCAGAAAAGCAGCAGCUGCAGGAGGAGCUGGUCCAACCCUGUAAGAUCUGGAGGUCACAGUGUGUGUGAAGGUCGAGGAGGUGUCCUCAGACAAGAUGCAGUCCACUGCAGCAUUGCAGGAACCUGGUGCUUCCUGGCCGGAGCAGCCAAAGACCCAUCAUGCAGACAUGUCUCUGGAGGAGUGGGGAGAGAAGGAAACCCUGGGGCCUCAGGACAAGCCACCUCAUGUGCUCAAAGAGGAGCCCCUGCCCCACCAGGAGUCAGGUGCUGGCAUCCUGAGCGGAGCAGAGCAGCAGCCUUCUGAGGACGGGCCUGGAAACCUGGAGCUGCAGAGGACUUCCCCAGGGAGACCGGAGGAGAGGAGCUCCCUGACACCUGAGCCGGGCCAAGUGCAGAGGGGACAGGGCAGGCCUCCAAAGCAGGAGGAGAGCUGGGAGCUACCGGAGGUGUUUGAGGACGUGGCCGUGUAUUUCACACGGAGGGAGUGGGAGCUGCUGGACGAUGACGACAAGGUGCUUUACCGGGACCAGAUGCUGAAGAAUUACCAAGCCCUCGUUUCCCUGGGAUAUCGAGGUCCCACACCUGACUUAAUCUGCUGUAUCCAGCAAGGACAGGUGAAGCUCUGGGUCUGUGAUGAUGAGGAACGUGGGGAAAUAUCAAGGUUGGAAGACAUGCUGCAAGGAGGGCCUGCAGACCUGGAGCCAGGACGGACUUCCCUAGGGAGUUUGGGCAAGAUGGACUCCCUGAGGCCUGAGAAGGAGCCAUGGCACAAAAAUCAGUGGAGGCCCCAAAAGCAGAUGGAGAAUGUAGCGGUGAACCAGCAUCAGCACAUCCACCUGGGGAGGAAGACACACCGCUGCACUGAGUGCAAGAAGAACUUCCUCUGCCAGGAAGACCUGUCCCAGCACCAGUGUGUGCAGACCGGGGAGUGGCCGCAUCGCUGCACCAAGUGUGGUAAGAACUUCAGGCAUUCCUCCAACCUGGUUAGGCACUGGUGCAUGCACACAAGGGUUAAGCCACAUCAUUGGUCAAGGUAUGGGAAGAGCUUCAAUCUGUCCUUGAACCUGACCAAACACCAGCUCAUCCACACAGGGGAGAAGCCAUAUCAGUGCUCAGAGUGUGGGAAGUGCUUCAACCGAUCCUCCCACUUGGCCCGGCACCACCUAAUCCACACAGGGGAGAAGCCACAUCAGUGCUCAGAGUGUGGGAAGAGCUUCACUCACUCCUCCAGCCUGGCUCAGCACCAGUGUGUCCACACAGGGGAGAAGCCAUAUCAGUGCUCGGAGUGUGGGAAGAACUUCGCCCGAUCCUCCCACCUGGCCCGGCACCAGCUUAUCCAUACGGGGCAGAAACCACAUCAGUGCUUAGAGUGUGGGAAGAGCUUCACCCAGUGCUCCCACCUAGCCCGGCACCAGCUUAUCCACACAGGGGAGAAGCCACAUCACUGCUUAGAGUGUGGGAAGAGCUUCAACCGGUCCUCCCACCUGGCCCGGCACCAAGUUAUUCACAUGGGGAAGAAGCCGCAUCAGUGUUCUGAGUGUGGGAAGAGCUUUAGCCAGUACUCCCACCUGGCUCAGCACCAGCUUACCCACACAGGGGAGAAGGCACAUUUGUGCUCAGAGUGUGGGAAGAGCUUCACUCAUUUCUCCACCCUGGCUCGGCACCAGCACAUCCACACAGGGGAGAAACCACAUCAGUGCUCAGAGUGUGGGAAGAGCUUUACCCGAUCCUCCCACCUUGCCCAGCACCAGCGCAUCCACACGGGGGAGAAGCCACAUCAGUGUUCAGAGUGUGGAAAGAGCUUCAGCCGUUCCUCCCACCUGACACAGCACCAGUUUAUGCACAAGGGGGAGAAGGCACAUUUGUGCUCAGAGUGUGGGAAGAGCUUCACACACUCUUCCAGCCUGGCUCGGCACCAGCGCAUCCACACAGGGGAGAAGCCACAUCAGUGCUCAGAAUGUGGGAAGAGCUUCACCCGAUCCUCCCACCUUGCCCAGCACCAACGCAUCCACACAGGGGAGAAGCCAAUUCGGUGCUUGGAGUGUGGGAAGAGCUUCACUCAGUGCUCCCACCUGGCCCGGCACCAGGUCAUCCACACAGGGGAAAAGCCAUAUCAGUGCUCAGAGUGUGGGAAGAGCUUCAGCCGGUCCUCCCAUCUGGCCCGGCACCAGAUUAUUCACGUGGGGGAGAAGCCAUAUCAGUGCUCAGAGUGUGGCAAGAGCUUCAGCCGGUCCUCCCACCUGGCCCAGCACCAGCUGAUCCACACAGGGGAGAAGGCACAUUUGUGCUCAGAGUGUGGGAAGAGCUUUACUCACUCCUCCAAUAUGGCUCUGCACCAGCGUAUCCACACAGGAGAGAAGCCACAUCACUGUUUGGAGUGUGGGAAGAGCUUCACGUCCUCCUCCAGCCUGGCUCGGCACCGGCUCAUCCACACGGGGGAGAAGCCACAUCAUUGCUCCGAGUGUGGGAAGAGCUUCAGCCAGUCCUGCAACCUGGCCAAACACCGUCUCAUUCACACGAAGGAGAAGUCACAUCAGUGCUCAGAGUGUGGGAAGAGCUUUAGUCGAUCUUUACACCUGGCCCGGCACCAGCUCAUCCACAUGGGAGACAAGCCACAUCAGUGCUCGGAUUGCGGAAAGCGCUUCAACCGAUCUUCUGACCUAGCCCGGCACCAGCUCAUCCACACAGGGAAAAAACCACAUCAGUGCUUGGAUUGUGGGAAGGGCUUCACCCAGUCAUCCAGCCUGGUUAAGCACCAGCGCAUCCACACAGGGGAGAAGCCACAUCAGUGCUCGGACUGUGGGAGGAGCUUCACUCAAUCCUCCCACCUGGCCCGGCACAAGCUUGUCCACAUAGAGAAGAAACCAUAUCAGUGCUCAGAGUGUGGGAAGUGCUUCCCCCACUCUUCUACUGUGGCCCAGCACCAGUGCAUCCACAUCCAGGAUCAUCCAUAAUUGUGCCAGCAAAGUAGGGAGGGCUUUGGGAUGUCUACCUGCUCAGCACCUACCAGUGUCUGUAGCCAGGCAAGCAGCCUCAUGCUGGUGGACUGCAGCAAGAGUUCCCCCAUGAUUCCCCUCUGCUAGGGCCCUGCAGAGCCCAAAGGGCACAAAUUCUGUCUCUGAAGACUUGAUGAGGGGAAGGGGUUAAGAGGAAACAUCUCAGCUAGAUGCCAGCCCAGAUGCCAGGGAAACCUGUGAGGAGAUGAUCUUUGCAUCUGUCUUGGAGCCUGUGCCAUCCCCAUCUUUCUCUAAAAGCAGCCAGUGCUUCCAGGGUCAGGUGAAGUGCCUUCACGAUAGGAUGCCUUCCUGUAGACAACUGGGUCCAAAUGCCACCCGGGUCCAAAUGCCACCCAGGGACAGAGACUGUUCGACUGCCUCCCAGCUUAGUUCUCCUGCUCCCAGGGUUGUGGUGUGUGAGGCUCUUGCGUUGCAAAAAGGAAGCCAUUUAUGGCUGGGGAAGCAUUUCCUGCCUUCCACCUUGACCUUCCCUUUCCUCCCAACCACAUCACUCUGCUCCCAGGCCUGCACAUGCCCUUUGGAGUCUGCAGGAAGCUGCUACUGUCACCCCGUGAGCCCAGUUUGGCAGUUUUGCUUCUCAGCCCCUUGUCACAACUCUGCAGCACCAUUUGCCAGCUGCCCCCGCCCUCCUUCCUUUCUCUAUAACAGAGUCCUUUCUAAUCAAGCUCCACAAGUAACAGAUUCAUAGUUGUUAGGGGCUGGAAGGGACCUGACAGAUUUUUGGGUCCAGCCCCCCUGUGCUUGGGCAGGAAAGACCGCUGGGGUCAGAUGACCCCAGCAAGAUGGCCAUCAAGACACUUUUUGAAGAUCACCUUUAGGGAGAGCCUGUUUCAAACCCCAAAGAAGUUUUUUUCUAUGUCCAGUCUGAAGUGAUCUUCAGUCAGCUUGUGCCCAUUAUUUCUAGUCCUCCCCUGGGGGGCCUUGGUGAAGAGAUGCUCCCCCAGGCCCUGAUGGACUCCCGUGAUAUAUUUAUAGGCUGCCACCAAGUCCCCUCUGAGUCGUCUUUUCUCCAGGCUGAACAGUCCCAAGUCUUUCAGCCUUUCUCACAUGACCUGGUCUCUAGGCCUCUAAUCCUGCACGUGGCCCUCCUUCGGACUCUCUCAAGCUUCUCCACAUCCUUCCUGAAGUGCAGCGCCUGUAACUGGAUGCAGUCCUCCAGCUGCGGUCUCACCAAGGCCAAGUAGAGCAGGAGGAUGACGUCUUUAGACUUGCUCGAGAUGCCUCAGCAGAUGCAUGGGAGUGUUUGAUUAGCUCUGCCAGCUACAGCAUCACAUUGGUGUCUCAUGUUCAUGUUGUCUGUCAUGACACCCAAGUCCCGUUCAGUUGUGGUGCUGGCAAGCGUAGCACUGCCAUGCCUGUAAGUGUGUUGUGGAUUAUUUCUCCCCAGAUGGAGCUGUAAAGAAAUCCUUUUUCUCUUGGUGGCCUCCCUUCUUGGAGUCUGCCCAGCCCCACCUCUGGUUUCCAACUCUGGCUGCUGGAUCCACCUGGUCUCCUAGGUGAUGCCAGUGGGAGCGGGGGACUCGGUCUUCCUUUGUUCCAGCUUCCUGCCCAGAUACUCGGGAGGCACUGGUCUCUCCGCCGGGGUGGGGGCAUUGCUGAUGUUGCUCCAGCUAACUAGCCUGCAUCAGCCGUGCUCUGAGGAUCCUGGUUUUUGGUUGGAGCUUAGUGAUGAGGUCAGAAAAGUGAUAAAAAGAGGUCGCUCUCUCUUGGGAGAGGCUGACAUUUUUGGGGAUGCUGAAACAAGCAGAAGGACUCCAGACCUCCAUCAGUCUGUGGAUGGACACGUGAGUAACUUACCUGAAAUUUCGCCAGUAAUUUAGGAUUAAGUGAACUAGACAUGUAUCAAACGGGCCAACGAGCCCAUUCUGUUUUGCUCAAGGUGUUGUUUUUCUAAUACUCUUCUAUCCUGUACUCCUUCCCCAGUCUCCCUCGCUCAGAUUCAUGAAAGCUAUCUGUUCUAGCACACCUAGCUGCGAAUGCUUGAGAGGAGGGACAGGCCUUUACACUCCUAGCACAGCUCGGUGGAUUAUUACCUGAAACCAUUCUGGGUGGCUCCAGGCUAUACCAGCUAUACUACCAGUGGGAAAAGCACCCCCAAGGUCUGUAGGGUCUGUCUACCCCAGGCGGCACAGAGUCCUAACGGAGCCCAGAGCCUAGGGGAUGGCAGUGAUUACCCCAGGCUUGCAGCUAUGGAGUUGUUUGGAUGUAAGCACCCCAGGGGAGACACCUGAAGCAUGGUUUUGGUUAGGCACGUGAGGUGGGUGGCUCAGUGUAGUAGCACCCCCUACUAUCCCACCACAAGAGUACUUUGCAUUUCUCUGUAUUAAACAACAGCAGGUUGAGGUCUGCCCACUUCACAAGCCUGUCCAGGUUGACCUGUAGUUCCAAUCUGUCCUGGGCCAUGACCACACUCCCCCAUAGCUUGGUGUCAUCAGUGAACUUUGCCAGUUUGCUUUUAAUACCCAACUUCAAAUCAUUGGUGAGCAUGUUGAAAAGCACUGGUCCGAGUACUGAGCCCUGAGGGACACCACCGGUCACCUUCCAAAGGCCUUUUUGAAAUCCAAGCAUAUGGCAUCGACCUCAUUUCCUGUAUGCAGUGGAGAGUUACCUGAUCAUAGAAGGAAAUGAGGUUGGUCUGGCACAACCUGCCUGUGACAAAGCCAUGUUGGCUGCCAUUCAGAAUACUACUUUCUGUUAGCCUGUUAGUGAUGGGCUCUUUGAUAAUUUUCUCCAGGAUUUUACUGGGGAUUGAGGUCAACCUGAUUUGCCUGCAAUUUCCUGGGUCCUCCUUUCUUCCUUUCUUAAAAAUAGGCACCACGCUGGCCUUCUUCCAGUCUUCUGGGACCUCUCCCAAGCACCAUGAGUCUUCAGAUAACUUAGCCAUAGGUCAUGCAAUGACAUCGGCCAGUUCUUUUAGCACUCUUGGGUGUAGUUCAUCUGGUCCUGCUUACUUGUAGGUAUUUAGCCUUUGUAGGUGCUUUUGCACAAGAUGUAUGGCAAGUAGGGGAGGGUGAUCACCCCCACCAUGAUCAUCCUGUAUCCUGUCAAGCAGGCUAACACCUUGGACUUGUGGCAUACUGACAUGAAGUAUUCAUUCAGGAGUUUGGUUUUGUCCUGAGUGUCGGUUAUCAGCCGUCCCAUUUCAUUUAUCAGGAGCCCUGUGCUUCCCUUGGGGUUUUUUUGCUGUUUGUUUGUUUUUUUCACUUCCUACAUAUCUAAAGAAGGACUUCUUGUUGUCCUUGAUUCUGGUUGCCAAUUUGUAUUCAGUUUGUGAUUUUGCUGUCCUGAUCUGCUCCCUACAGAUGUGGGCUGUUGCUGAAUACUCCUCUUUGGUAUUUAUUGCAGACUUACAUCCUUUGUAGGCUUCUCAUUUUAAUUUCAGGACGUCCGUGACUUCCCUGUUGAGCUCUUCUGCUGCCUUUCUUACAACUUCCAUUGAGCUUUUAGGAUUACUUCCUUGAGGAAGAGCCACUCUUCUUGUACUCCCUUCCUCAUCAGACCAUGGUCCCGCAGGGCCUCGCCAACCAGUCUCCUGAGCUUGUGAAAAUCAGCUUUUCCAAAAUCAAGGAUUUCUACCCUACUGGUCGAUUUCCUUGACUUAUGGUACAUGGAGAAAGUGAUUAUCUCAUGGUCAUUGUCGCCCAGUUUCCCCUUGAUCCUCAGGUUAUUCAAUUAUCUCAUUUGGCCAGAACCAAGUCUAGGACUGCCUUGCCCCUCGUCGAACUGUAGACUUCCUGAGUUAGAUAGUAAGCGUGAGAGAGCUUUAUAAGCAAUCGGAUCUGGCUGAGUGUUCAUUUCACGGGAUGUCUGGGUAGUUGAAGUUACACAUGAUGACCGUGCUCUGAGAGCAUGCGGCCUCUGCCAGUUCUCUAGAGAAUUCGUGAUCGAGAUGUUCCUCUUGGUUCAGAGGUCUGUAAUAAAUUCCUAUGGUCCUACCCCUUCCCUGUGUUCUCCCCAUAUCUUGACCAAAGGGUCUCAAGUCAUCCUCCUUUGUUUCCAAACUUCACUUCUAGGGAGGUGCAAUGUUCCUUCAUGUAGAGAACAACUCCUCCACCCUUCUUCCCAACAUCAUCCUUCCUAUACAGAGUGUAUCCCCCUUUGCGUGUGGUCCAGUCAUAGGUGGAGUCCCACCAGGUCUUUGUAGUCCCUAUGAGGUCAUAUUGAUUGUUGGUUAGCAGGAGUGCUAGUUCCUCCUGCUUGUUUCCCAUGCUUCUGGUGUUAGUGUACAGGCAAUGAAGCCUGCCAGUGGAGGCCCGAGGCUUCCAGAUGAGCUGUGGGAUAAUCUGUGCAUUGGCCAGUGUCAGAGACUGUUUCCUAUUGUACCCUGAGACGUUGGUUUUGAGGUUGCCAUUUCUCAUGCUUGUGCUAGUAGCUGCUGGUCUGUCCCCCAGUGAUCCCAGUUUAAAGCCCUAUCCAGGAGGUCUGCCAUUCUAGCCAAGAAAAGCUGCUUCUCCUUUGGCAUGAGGGGGAUGCCAUCUCUUCCCAACAAGCCGCAGUCCCUGAGGUGCAUGCCAUGGUUGAAGUAACCGAAGCCCUCGCCCUAACACCAUCGCCGGAGUCUUCUCUUUACUUCUCUGCAUCUAUCCCUCCUGUAUCUGUGGCCCACCACUGGGAGGACUGAGGAGAAAACUACCUGUGCCCCCGACCCCUUCAGCCAAGCCCCCAGAACCCUGUGCUGUCUCAUGACCCAGGGUUGUUCCUGGCUGUGUCAUCCGUGCCCAUGUGGAUGAGGAGCAUGGGGUAGUGGUCGGAGGGCCAAGCAAGUUCUGGGAUCCUUUCAGCCACAUCCCGGAUGCAAGCCCCUGGGAGGCAGCAGACCUCACAGGUUAGGGCGUAGAGACCUCAUUAGGGAACAUACCCCACAAACAGGGGUGCCCUCGCUCCCAUUCCCAGUUGCUGACAGCCAUGCCAGGCAUCCCCCAUAGCCUGGAGACAUAGGCUCCGUCUCAGUGGGGGCCUCGGUGGUGUGAAGGGGAGGAGCAGGGAGGGCUCCAGCAGGAUGAUGAUUUGUGAUGAUUUGUUAUGAUUUGUGAUUGUGUACUGUAUAUAGACGGGACUGCAUAAUAACUUAAAAAUAAAGCCUCACUCUUUUA